AUGUCCCGUCCUCCGCUUCCUCUCCAUUGUACAAACGCUAACAUCCAGAGCAUCCUCUCUUCUGGAAAUUUACCGCCGGUCAAAUAUCAGAUUCUCAACUGCCAAGGACAAGAUAUCCUUGUCGGAAGACUGAAGAUCGAAACAUCUACGGGUUCUGGUCACGCCUUUAUUCUCAGAAGAUAUGACACUGGAGCAGUCAGUCUCACGACUAUGUUUCGUGCUGCCUUUCCCAAAGCAGAUGAGCAGAGCGAGAAAGACGAGGUCCAAUGGGUUAAGGACAACUACGACCUUUCCGGCAACAACGGCUCAUCCAAGGAUACCAGUAUCACUCGAUUAGCAGGAACUUGGGUCGGUCCCGAACUCGCCCGGGAACUUGGAAAAUCCUACCUUCUGGACGACCUCAUUUCUCUCGUCGUCGAUGCUCGUCCAGAUCCUAAUGGCAAUUAUCGUCGGUCGGGCAAAGGAGCAGCUGCUACACCCAGGCCUCCUUCAUCCACCGACAGUGCAGUAAAUAAUCAAGCGAGUGCGACUUCGCCAAGCAUAGCUCCGAAUCCCUCGAAACGCAGGAAGGAGUCGUCUCCUGUCCCUGCUCCUCCUCCCUCACCGCCUCCAGAAAGGCGAAACCCACUCAGACGAAGCAACCGCACGAAGAGUCCAGCUCCCAAGGUAUCAGUAUUACCUUUGGUCAAAACGCCUUCCCGGAAAGCAGUGAGACGUGAGGUAAAGGAGGAAGAGGUUGUGACCCCGGGUGGAUCGGAUGAAACGGCAGUAGACGAGGACGCACAAGCUGUUGAGGACGUUGCAGGGGAGCAAUUGCAUCAGCAAGAUAUAGAGGAACAAAAAGUGUUGAUUGAGGGUUUGAAGGCAAAAAGAAACGCUGCGAUGAAGGCAUCUGAUGGGGACAUUAACGGAUCUGAAAAAUCCGUCGUGAAGAGGGUCCGGGAAGAGGAGGAAGAGGCCUUACGGUUUAACUUCAAGGAACCUGAGGUCGGGGAGCGAGCCAUUUCUACGAAUCGCAGGGUUGAUGGCUACUUUGAAGAACCGAGACACAAGUCAUUGGCUUGGGGCGUCGUCGCCUUUGCCUUCGGUAUGGGUGCUGUGACUUUCUUGCCAAAUUUCCUAUAG